CCUCGUCCAUGUAGCCGGCCAACCAACGGGGUCAUUCCUCGUCCAUGUAGCCGGCCAACCAACGGAUCGAAGCACAUGGCUUGCAGCUCCGGCCACCACCGCUCCCCACGGCGCGCCGCCGCCGCGCCGCCACCGCUCCUCGCACUAGCCGCCGCCAGCCUCCUCCUGCUGCCGCUGCUGGCGUUCGAGGACGACCGGAUCCUGGGGCUGCCGGGGCAGCCCAACGGCGUGGCGUUCGGCAUGUACGCCGGCUACGUCACCGUCGACGAGCAGGCCGGCCGCGCGCUCUUCUACUGGCUCCAGGAGGCCGGCCGCGACCCGGGCGCCGCGCCGCUCGUCCUGUGGCUCAACGGCGGGCCCGGGUGCUCCUCCGUCGGCUCCGGUGCGCUCGAGGAGCUCGGCGCGUUCCGCGUCCACGCCGACGGCGAGACGCUCCUGCUCAACGACUACGCCUGGAACAAAGCGGCGAACGUGCUGUUCUUAGAGUCGCCGGCCGGCGUGGGGUUCUCUUACAGCAACACCAGCUCCGACAUCGUCAUGGGCGACAACAGAACAGCGCAUGACUCGUACACGUUCCUGGUGAAAUGGUUCGAGAGAUUCCCGCAGUACAAGUACCGUGAUUUCUACAUUGUCGGAGAGAGCUAUGGAGGUCACUUUGUUCCUCAGCUCUCGCAGCUUGUGCACAGGAACAACAUCGGCGUCGAGAAGCCUGUCAUCAACUUCAAAGGCUUCAUGGUCGGGAACGGUCUGAUCAACGACCGCACUGACCUGACCGGCAUGUUCGAGUACUGGUGGCACCACGGCCUCAUCUCCGACGAGACCCUGGAGAGCGGGCUCAAGGUCUGCUCCGAGACCUCCUUCAUCCACCCCUCGCGGGAGUGCCUGGAGACAUGGGUCGGGGCCCUCGAGGAGCAAGGCAACAUCGACGUCUACAGCAUCUACACGCCGCCGUGCGACAAGGGUAGCGCGUUCGAGCUCAGACUCAAGAGGAGCCGCCGCCGCCGCGUAAGUCGCCUUGGCCACCAGCUUCUCUCUAGUCUGAAAAGAGCUAGAGAGAGACGAUGGCCUGACGAUGAUCUCGUUCAGGCAUGGAUGCUGCCAGCGUACGACCCGUGCGUCGACUUCUACGCGACCAAGUACAUGAACCUGCCCGAGGUGCAGAAGGCCAUGCACGCCAACGUCACCGGCAGCAUAGAGUACCCAUGGAGUUUAUGCAGCGAUCCCGUAUAUGAUAACUGGCCAGAGACACCCCAUUCCAUGCUACCCAUCUACAAGGAACUCAUCGGAGCUGGCCUCAAGGUGUGGGUCUUCAGUGGUGACACAGACACUGUGGUGCCUCUGACCUCGACCAGGCGCUCUCUUGCCGCCCUGGGCCUUCCUGUCAAGACCAGCUGGUACCCCUGGUACAUGGUCCCAUCUGAGGUUGGGGGCUGGAGCAUGGAGUAUGAAGGCCUGACCUUCGUCACCGUCCGCGGCGCCGGGCACGCGGUGCCCCAGCACCGCCCGGCGCAGGCCCUCGUCCUGUUCCAGCACUUCCUGCAGGGGGAACCCAUGCCGGCCGAGGCAACGAAUGCCAGCCUCAUCCUCCUUCCUAGUGAGAAGGCUCGCUCCUACUGAGCUGGGGAGCACUAGUGCCAGAUGACGGUGGUUGUACGACGAGUCGACGAUCGUCAUUACGUCGUCUGUACGCGGAGAAUAAAAUCUGAAGGACCAUCUUUCUUCCGGAACGAUAAUAUGUGUAUAAACCAUCGGCAUGGCUAUGGAUCGAUUGUUUCUUCUGCUGAAGCCAUAUAUGAAUAAUGCAUGCUUGGAUUGUGCCGAAAUCAGAUUCAGGCAUGCUUGCUCCGUGCCUCUGCCACAGUACCGCAGUUGCUUUUAAGCGAGGUUUUGUAACAGAAUGGCUUAAUAUUUUUCACCUCUGCAUUUGCUGUUAAACUCAAUUCAUUCAAGUGGGAUGAUUUGAGAUUUGUGCAUCGCUGUUGAGUCCGCCAUCGGGUUCUCUACCCUUUGUUGCUU